UUACUUUUGGUUAUGAGUACAUCGUCUCAGCGCCCAGUCAAUCUGAAGUGAUCAUAGGUAUGUUUGUGCCAUGGUGUAAGGAUUGCAAUGCCAAUGUCCUACUGCAGGCGGUAGGCAUUGUCGGUGCUGUGAUAAUGCCCCACAAUCUAUACCUGCAUUCGGCCUUAGUCAAAUCACGUGAUAUCGAUCGCCGUCAACCGAAAAGAGUGAGCGAGGCGAAUUACUACUUCUUCAUUGAGGCGUCAGUGGCGCUGUUUGUAUCCUUUAUUAUAAAUCUUUUUGUUGUGGCGGUCUUUGCGCAUGGCAUGUAUGGUAAAACCAAUCAGGACGUG